UCCCUUCCCCCGCCUUCCCUCCCCUUUUUUGCUUCUGCUCCCCCCCCACCCCGCCUUUCUCCUUUUGCAAGAAAAUAAUUUGACAGUCGAUUUGCUGACAGGGGAGGAAUUUGCAUCCUGGAUUAAAAAAAAAAAAAAAGGCCGAGAGGAGCUUGGGAACGGUUGCUAGGGGUGGGUAAUGGGUGAAAAAAGGGAGGGGGGCGCCGGGGAGCGGAUAAGGGGGAAUAAGGGAGGGGUCGAGGGUGGGGAGCAAUGCAAAAGGUAAGGCCAGGUUACCGCGGCUCGGCCCCGAGUGGGCUGCGGCCGGGGGAGGGGCGAGAGAUACAUAUGUAUUUCUGUCUCCCUAGCACACCCCCUUCCCUCUAAGCGAUGGCUGAGAGGCGGUGCAUGCAGAUGGGGAGUAAGUUUCCUGAAGGGGAGGGUGGAUGCACGCGCGCAGCCCCGCGCUGCAAAUUUCCACCGGGGAGGGAGAGUGGCUGGAUGCGGAGAGUUUGGAGUUGCUUGCGGCGGAGGGCAGGAAGGGGAGCAGGGCCGGGAAGGGGGCUGGCGGGCGCUAUAUCUAGGAGUAAGUUUCCAGGAUCAGGAGAGCCUGCACGCUUGCUCGCUACUUUGCUCGCCCCCCAUCUUAUCCCCCAAGCGGAGACUGGUCUUCUUGUCGGAUUGCCCAUGCACUUGUUGCAGAAACAGCCAAGGCCCUGGCUCUGGAGGAUGCUGAAGGAGGAAGACAUGGAAGCAGGACGACCCUGAAAGGUUAAGCCUCUUAAUCCUGAAACAGAACCAGGUCUCCUUUUCCCACCUGCCCAGCAGCAUGAGAGCAGCAUGACCGGCCAGCUGCAGGAGGAGCCCCCAGAGCCAGGCCCCCAACUCAACCAUCUGCUGCGGAGAUCAAGGUGUGAGCGGCAUCUCUUCACCACGGUGGUGUUUGGUCCAUACCUCAGCCCUGGUGAGGAUGUAAAACCCCCCACUCUGUACAUGAGUGGUACAGGCCAACAGGAACACCUGGCUCCAGCCACCUUCACAGACAUGUCAGCCGUGGAGUAGUGUGGACGCUUUCUCUCACCUUCUCAGGGUUUCAGUCCUUUUGGCUUUGUUUCACUGACCUUUUUUUAUGGUUUUGUGGCUGGACAUUUCACAACCAAGGCAAGCACCAUGGGAGAUCAGCAACUGUACAAGACCAACCAUGUGGCCCACAGUGGCGAGAACCUUUUCUACCAACAGCCACCACUUGGCGUCCACAGUGGGCUGAACCACAAUUAUGGGAAUACAGUCACAGGGGCUGGAAUGGAUGCCCCUCAGGCAUCACCCAUUUCCCCCCACUUCCCUCAAGAUACUCGGGAUGGUCUAGGUUUGCCUGUUGGCUCCAAAAACCUUGGCCAAGUGGAUACCUCGAGGCAGGGAGGGUGGGGAGGCCAUGCAGGGCCUGGAAACCAUGUCCAGCUACGUGGCAACCUGACCAACUCAAACAUGAUGUGGGGGGCACCGGCCCAGGCUGAACCCACCGAUGGCUACCAGUAUACCUACUCCCAGGCCAGCGAGAUCCGGACCCAGAAACUCACCAGUGGCGUCCUGCACAAGCUAGACUCCUUCACCCAGGUGUUUGCCAACCAAAACCUGCGUAUUCAGGUCAACAAUAUGGCCCAGGUGCUGCACACCCAGUCAGCAGUGAUGGAUGGAGCUCCUGACAGUGCCCUCCGCCAGCUGCUGUCCCAGAAGCCCAUAGAGUCCUCAGCACCGGCUAUCCCUUCUCGCUACCAGCAGGUGUCCCAACAGUCUCACCCUGGUUUCACUGGUGGGCUGUCUAAACCAGCUCUUCAGGUCGGGCAGCACCCUAACCAAGGGCACCUAUAUUACGACUACCAGCAGCCACUGGCUCAGAUGUCAGUGCAGGGAGGACAGCCACUGCAGGCCCCACAGAUGCUGUCCCAGCACAUGCAACAGAUACAGCAGCACCAGUAUUACCCGCAGCAGCAACAGCAGCAACAGCAGCAAGCUGGGCAGCAGCGUAUGUCCAUGCAAGAAAUGCAGCAGCAGCAGCAACAGCAACAGCAGAUUCGCCCACCUCAGCCUCAGCAGCAGCCGCAGCAGCAGCUGCAGCUGCGGCAGAGUUCAAUGCAGAUACCUCAGUAUUAUCAGUCCCCACCCAUGAUGCAGCACUUGCAAGAGCAGCAGCAGCAGCAACAAAUGCAUCUGCAGCCCCCUUCCUAUCACAGGGACCCCCACCAGUACACCCCAGAGCAGGCGCACGCUGUCCAGCUGAUUCAGCUAGGCUCCAUGCCCCAGUACUACUACCAAGAGCCCCAGCAGCCCUACAGCCAUCCCCUCUACCAGCAGAGCCACCUGUCCCAGCACCAGCAGCGCGAGGACAGUCAGCCCAAGACUUACGCAAGCGACAGGCAGACCCAGGUCAUGCUGAGUUCUCACGGGGACCUGGGGCCUCCUGAUACAGGAAUGGGAGACCCAGCAAGCUCAGACCUGAACCGGGUCAGCAGUGCCCUCCCCCAUCGGCCACUCCUGUCUCCCAGUGGGAUCCACCUCAACAACAUGGCGCCUCAGCACCAGCAACUGUCUCCCAGUGCCAUGUGGCCCCAGAUGCACCUACCUGAUGGCAGAGCCCAGCCAGGGUCCCCGGAAUCAAGUGGCCAACCAAAAGGAGUGUUUGGAGAGCAAUUUGAUGCCAAGAACAAACUGACGUGCUCCAUCUGCCUGAAGGAGUUCAAGAGCCUACCUGCCCUGAAUGGCCACAUGCGGUCCCACGGUGGGAUGAGGGCCUCCCCCAGUCUCAAACAGGAGGAAGGAGAGAAGGCCCUGCCACCUCAGCCCCAGCCACUGCCACCUCCGCCUCCGCCGCCACCGCAGCUCCCUCCUGAGGCAGAAAGCCUCACACCUAUGGUCAUGCCCGUGUCUGUCCCUGUCAAGCUUCUCGCGCCCAAGCCCAGCUCUCAGGGCUUCGCCAACAGCGUCGUUGCUGCCCCCUCAGCCAGAGACAAGCCAGCCAGCUCGAUGUCGGACGACGAGAUGCCCGUGCUCGUGAGGAUGACCCUCUCUCCCCCACACUCACCCCAAGGGGCUGUUCCCUGCACGCCUGCUGAAAUCCCCAGGAAGCAUCAGCCUGCCAUCGCCAAAGCUGAGGAGCCUCUCAAGACUGCACCUGAGAAGAAAAAGUUCCGGCACCGGCCUGAGCCGCUCUUCAUUCCGCCACCGCCGUCCUACAACCCCAAUCCCGCCAACUCCUACUCUGGCGCCACCUUGUACCAGAGUCAGCUGCGCUCCCCGCGUGUCCUGGGGGACCACCUGCUCCUGGACCCCGCCCACGAGCUGCCGCCCUAUACGCCUCCGCCCAUGCUGAGCCCGGUGCGCCAGGGCUCUGGGCUUUUCAGCAAUGUCCUCAUCUCGGGGCACGGCCCGGGCGCCCACCCGCAGCUGCCCCUCACGCCCCUGACGCCCACGCCCCGUGUGCUGCUGUGUCGCUCCAAUAGCAUCGAUGGCAGCAAUGUGACAGUCACCCCUGGGCCUGGAGAGCAGACCGUUGAUGUUGAACCACGUAUCAACAUUGGCUUAAGAUUCCAAGCAGAGAUCCCAGAACUCCAGGAUGUCUCUGCCCUGGCCCAGGACACACACAAGGCCACAUUAGUCUGGAAGCCCUGGCCAGAGUUGGAAAACCAUGACCUCCAGCAAAGAGUGGAGAAUCUCCUGAAUUUGUGCUGUUCAAGUGCAUUGCCAGGUGGAGGGACCAAUUCUGAAUUUGCUUUGCACUCUCUCUUUGAGGCCAAAGGUGAUGUGAUGGCUGCUCUGGAAAUGCUGCUGCUGCGGAAGCCCGUCCGGUUAAAAUGUCAUCCUUUAGCAAAUUACCACUAUGCCGGUUCGGACAAGUGGACCUCCCUAGAAAGAAAACUGUUUAAUAAAGCACUAGCCACUUACAGCAAAGACUUUAUUUUUGUACAGAAGAUGGUGAAGUCUAAGACAGUGGCUCAGUGUGUGGAGUACUACUACACAUGGAAAAAAAUCACGCGGUUAGGGCGGAAGCACCGGACACGCCUCACAGAAACCAUCGACGAUUGUGUGACGAGUGAAGAAGAAGAAGAGUUAGAGGAGGAGGAGGAGGACCCGGAAGAAGAUAGGAAAUCCACAAGAGAAGAAGAGAGUGAAGUACCGAAGUCCCCAGAGCCACAGCCAGGCCCAGUCCUGGCUCCCACAGAGGGGCCACCCCUGCAGGCCCUCAGCCAGCCCUCGGGCUCCUUCAUCUGUGAAAUGCCCAACUGUGGGGCUGACUGUAGAUGUCAUGUCACUCCCUUUCUUCCCCAGGUGUUCAGCUCUCGACAGGCACUGAACGGCCACGCCCGCAUCCAUGGUGGCACCAACCAGGUGACCAAAGCUCGGGGUGCUGUCCCCUCUGGGAAGCAGAAGCCUGGCAGUGCCCAGAGCGGGUACUGCUCAGUGAAGAGCUCGCCCUCUCAUAGCACCACCAGUGGCGAGACAGACCCCACCACCAUCUUCCCCUGCAAGGAGUGUGGCAAAGUCUUCUUCAAGAUCAAAAGCCGAAAUGCACACAUGAAAACUCACAGGCAGCAGGAGGAACAGCAGAGGCAAAAGGCUCAGAAGGCGGCUUUCGCAGCUGAAAUGGCAGCCACGAUCGAGAGGACUACGGGGCCGGUGGGGGCACCUGGGCUGCUGCCCCUGGACCAGCUGAGUCUGAUCAAACCCAUCAAGGAUGUGGACAUCCUCGAUGACGACGUUGUCCAGCAGUUAGGCGGCGUCAUGGAAGAAGCUGAGGUCGUGGACACCGAUCUCCUCUUGGAUGAUCAAGAUUCAGUUUUGCUUCAGGGUGACACAGAACUAUAAAGCCGUUUGUCACUUAGAGACAAUGAAAACUCAUGGCCUCCAUCUUCAUUAAUCAGGAAACCUGGACUGCCUGCUUGUUUUGUAACCAUUUUAAACUACCUGUUUAAAAAGUUGUUUUUUCAGGUUUAGAAAAAAAAAAUCCAGUUUCUUUUUCUUUUAUUUAAAAAAAAAUUGCUUUUGUGAGUGGUUGAAGGGAAUAAAUAAUUGGCACAACUCUGUUAAGAGGUGUUUCAUCUGGGCUACAUUCCCAUGAACUCAUUCCUGGCAGGAAAUGAACCUGACUUUCGUGUUCGUUUGCUUUCGGAUGUCAACCAUCCUGGUUGCCUUUUAUCCCAAAGCUUGCAGUGAGAGAGAAAAAAAAAAAUGUGUGUGUGGGAGGGAGUGGGUGUCGGGGUGUGUGUGUGUAAGAAGCAGGCUCCCCUCUUCUUGCUGGGGCCUUGGGCCAUCCUUUCCCGCCAAGAGUUAUUUUCGUUCUGUUCUGACCUCAUUCUGUAGUUUGCAGUGAACUUGGCAUCUUUGCCAGGAGACUUUGCUAGCGGGUAGCUUUCCAGAAAGCAAAGUAAGCCCUCAUGUGCCACGCUUUCCUCUAGCACACACGUCGUUGGAAGAGUUGAGCAAAUGAGAAAACAAGUUUUAUUCCCUGCCUUGCCUGUCACUCGUUGGCCCAUUUCUAGGAACCAAGUACUGUAUAAUUUCAGACUUGCACUCCUUGACAGUGAUUUACUAAAGACCUGUUCAUAGAGCAAGUGCUGCAUCCUCUUCCAUGUUCCCUGGGGGCUGGUUGGCUCCAUCAUGGGUUGGCAGACCUGUCUUUCAGUGUGAGUCCACGGGGGGCCUAUGUGGAGGAAAAUAACCUCAGCUAUUAGGUUUCCAGGGCUGUUUUUAGGGGGUGGGUUGGGGAGAGUGGUUGAGAGGCACACAUUGAAAUACCGGGAAUGCCAAGAACUGUUCUUUUGCCCAAAAACUAGACUGGAAGAGCCCGUGGUUGUUUUUUGCAACAUGUUAAUAGUGGAGUUCUGAAAUGACUCCGUGCCAUUUAAAAGUACUGUGAAGCCUCAUUCGCUUGGGAUUUUGCUGUAAUUCAUCUAUGUUGGACCAAAGUUUACCUUGACGCUAUGAGAAAAGGGUUUUCUAACCAAUUUGAUAGCAAAUACAAAGGAAAUAGCAUUAAAAGCCAACAAAAAUGGUUUUGGAUACCACUUUAUCUACAAUGUUUGCAUUCAAACAAUGAAUGUAUUCAUUAAGUCAUUUACCAAAGCACUUCUAGAAUUCUCCAAGCUACAUAACUCUGCCUCCUCCUGUCCCUGUCAUCAGGGUUGCUGUUUGUACUUGAAGGUAAAAUAAACCUGUAAUCCUUCAAAUGUGGCAUUUCGCUCAGGCUUUUGAGCUGAGUCAGACUGACCUGUCCCACUGUUAGGGCAAAGGAGUGUGUGCCUUCAGACUGCGAAGAGGCCCCAGCAUAGAGGACCCUGCCGGUGGCCCACAGGUUUAAUGCUGUGUGACUUCCGGAGAGGGGGCUUUCAGGCCUCGCCUGCCCCAAGUAAGCUGUUUCCCUAGCUCAUGUAGGUGCCGGGCCACUUUACUAUGGCACAUUAAUAGUUUGACAUUAGAGAAAAUGUCAGCGGAAACAUGAGGAUAAGACCCGAGCAUCCUUUUUAGGUUUGAUUCUGCAAAAGCGUUUAGCACAUACUCAUGGCCCACCGCGGCCCCACAUAGACAGUACUCUCUGAAUCUCAGGAAAGCCUUGGGCAGAAGAUAAAUACAAAGGUUCUUUUCAUUUCUAUCACUCUGUUUUCAGAAAAGAAGUCUUGGAGGCUCCCUUCAUCUUUUCUUUGAGGGAAAAAAGGGUUUUUUGCUGCCAUUUCAGACAGGUUAUUCUCAUAUGUUUUGAGUUCAGAACUGCCUGGGCGGUGUGUAUCAAUGUGGCAGAACUAUUCCAGAACCAUUCCAACUUUAAUAUUGGCCAAUCGCAUCUGUUCCAGUGACUACUUCCUUCUGCUGGCGGAUGUCUGAGAGUGAUUCUGGAAAGGUUCUAUUGGGUCUGUGAAAGCUUAUCUAUCAAAGGAGCAAACACCCAGAAAAAUGUUUGUAAAGCAAAUGUAUUCAUUCCAUUUGGAGACUUGCCCAGCCAUUCCAGUUUUAAACAUUAAAAAUAAACUGAGUUGCCAAGGCAAAAAUAUAAUGCACAAUUUAAUUUUGAUUUUCCAUGCAGUACAGUGUAAGCGUUUCUGACUUGAAAUAACCAAAGAACUCCUCCUUAACGAGACAGUUCAAAUUCCUGAAUUAGUAUUUCUUGACAAUAUUAACUUAAAAGAAUUGACUUCAUAGUAAAACGUUGUACUUAUUUCUUUUCUGAAAUGAUUCUGCUUGCAUGUAUGUGUUGUGUUUUAGCUUCCCCCACCCCUCCCCAUCCCAGAGAACUUUUCUUCCUAAAAGUCAAUGUCUUCAACAUGGUUACUGUUUACUAUCAGAUGGUUUUUCAUUAGUGAAUUUAGAUUUCUUUGAGAAAGCUUGUAUAUAAAAAGUUAACAGAUAUAUUUUAUGGAAAAACCCAUCUUAUUUUCAAAUAUAUUUAACUGCUGUUAUAUUUUAUUAGAGGAAGGUUGUAAAUAUUUUCUAGGAGUUCUAUUGUAAAGAAAAGUAUUUUUGAAAAAAAUUAAUGUAAUAAAAAUGAAAACAUUUUUAAGUAGUGGUUGCGAUUGCUUCCUGUUCUGGCUUCGUUAUGUUCUAUUCUCAGCAAAUGACUUGCAUGCCUUCCAUUUUAGGAUGUAAUUUAUUCAGGUUUGCACUAUUAUAAGUUGACAUCGUAAUAUCUAGUGUGCUUAACUGUAUUUUCCCCGGAAUGCAGGUCCCUUGGUCCAUAUCAAGAGCACUAUGUAUAGCAUAUUCAUAAUUUUUCUUUUGUAAUGUGUGUAUUUUUAAUAAGGAUUUUAUGUAACAUUUUGGCAAAAAGAGGACAGUAUUUUCUAGUGAAUUUUAUAAUACAUUUUGCUAAAAAUGUUUCUUCCUCGGUCAGUUUUUGUUAAGGCGAACCAAAAGUCUUAUUUUACCAGGGGUUUAAAAAAAGUUUGAAGCUUGAAAGCAAAGUUAUAUUUAAACAUCAUAUGUAACAAAUAAAUAAAGCUGUUUUAUAGACUUGUC